AAAAAACACGUUUUUUUUUUCUCUAUGGUCAAGGAUAGUGGCAGGCUUGGUUGGAGUUUCCUGAAAUCUUGUUAACAUGGUGGCCCUGAAAUUACGGCGCAUCCAUAGUUUGUCACUGUGCCCUUCUAAACGAUUCUCCGCAGCGUUUUAUUUCAGAGUUCAGGCACAUCUUCACUGAUGUGCAUUGUGCUACUUUUACCAAUUUCCUAAACGUUUCAGAAGCCCCAUCAGAUCUUGAUCCCCAACGAAUUCUACUAUAGGCAAAAAACAUGUGUACGAGGAAAGCCGCCUUAAGAUUCAUCCUCGUCCUUCUCUCCCUUCUCCUCGUACUGAAGUUUAACGUUGCAACAGAGAUUGAGGAUGAGUUGGAGGAGCUGUUAGCAGUGGACGAGGAAGUAGAGCGUGAAGCCGAUGGGGGUGGCGAGAAGUUAUCAGAAGCAGAGGUUUUAAGCAAAGCCCAAAGGAUCGUUAUUGAGCUCAACAACGACAACACAGAGAGGGUUGUUAAUGGGAACGAGUUUGUUCUGGUUCUGGGGUAUGCACCUUGGUGUCCAAGGAGUGCUGAGCUCAUGCCCCAUUUUGCUGAGGCUGCAACUUCUCUGAGGGAAUUGAGAAUCCCUAUUGUUAUGGCCAAACUUGAUGCUGACAGGUAUCCAAAGCCUGCAUCUUUCCUUGGUGUCAAAGGCUUCCCCACUUUGCUUCUCUUUGUCAAUGGCACCUCUCAGCCCUACUCUGGUGGUUUUACUGCGGAUGAUAUAGUGAUAUGGACAAGAAAAAAGACUGGUACUCCUGUUAUUCGGAUAAGUUCAGUGGUAGAAGCAGAGAAGUUUCUGAGGAAGUAUCAAAAGUUUGUCGUUGGUCAGUUUGAUAAAUUUGAGGGAACUGAUUAUGAGGAGUUUGUGAGUGCUGCAAAGUCUGAUAAUGAAAUCCAGUUUGUCGAAGUGAAUCAGGUAGAACUUGCCAAAGUUCUUUAUCCAGCUAUCAAACCUACAGGUCGUUUUCUUGGGAUUGUUAAGAGUGAACCAGAAAGAUACACUGCAUAUGGUGCGUCUGUUUUUGAUGGAGCUUUCACGAUGAAUAAGAUAUUGGAGUUUGUAGACUACAACAAGUUUCCGUUAGUUACUACGCUGACUGAAAUGAAUUCUGACAAAGUCUAUGCCAGCCCUGUCAAGCUUCAGGUUUUGGUCUUUGCAAACAUUGAUGACUUCAAGAUUCUUCUUGAUCCUCUUCAAGAUGUUGCAAGAACAUUCAAGUCAAAGAUAAUGUUUAUAUAUGUUGCUAUUGAUGAUGAGAACCUUGCAAAGCCCUUCUUAACAUUGUUCGGUCUUGAAGAAUCAAAAAAUCCUGUGAUCGCUGCGUUUAAUAAUGGAAUGAGCUCAAAAUAUUUGUUGGAAUCAAAACCAACACAAAGCAAUAUUGAAAACUUCUGCAAUAAUCUUGUGCAAGGUUCUUUGUCACCUUACUUCAAGUCACAACCAAUUCCAGAUAACACUGAAGCAAGUGUCCAUGUUAUUGUUGGGAAGACAUUUGACGAUGAAAUCUUGAGCAGCAAGAAGGAUGUGCUCUUGGAGGUGUUUACACCUUGGUGUAUCAACUGUGAGACCAUUAGCAAGCAAGUAGAGAAAUUGGCAAAGCACUACAAAGGAUCAAGUAAUCUAAUGUUUGCAAGGAUAGAUGCUUCAGCCAACGAACAUCCAAACCUGCAAGUAAAUGACUACCCCACACUCCUGCUUUAUAGAGCAGAUGAUAAGGCAAAUCCGAUCAAACUAUCUACAAAAUCUGGUUUGAAAGAAUUGGCUGCAUCCAUCAACAAAUAUCUAAAAGUGAAGAAUGUCAAAGAUGAGUUAUAGAACACAAAAAAGUUCAGGGAGAAAACAUUCAACCAUCUUGAAAGUAAACAAACAUUAUAUAGAAAGAAACAAGGAUAAUUGUUGCCUUGGGAAAGCAUUUUCUAAUUGGUAUUCUUUCCCUUAGCUUUUUGCUGCACCAAAUAUAAGUCACUUUAUUAUUUGAAUUAGCUCACUGCUAGAUCAUGAAAAGCUAGGCAUAUAUUAUCAGUACGUGAUGAACUAGAGAACAUCAAAUGCAUCAAAGUUUAUAUUGUCCGAAAACGGGUUAUUCA